AUGCCGCCCAGAGUGUUCUUGCUGCGUCACGGAGAAGCGCAACAUAAUGUCGGACCGCCCUUUCCUCCGCCUGAUCACAGCCUGCUCGACCCGGAACUUACAAGCCGCGGCGUUACGCAAUGUGCCGCGAUUCCGACGACCUAUCCCACCUUUUUCGCCUCGCUCAAGCCCGAGAACACCAUCAUCCUCGUCUCUCCCCUCCGCCGAACAAUGCAAACCAUGCUCCUCGGCUUCUCAGCCCUCCUCCCCUCCUCGACCUCUCAUCCCGUCCCGCUCCUCAUCCUCCCGCAACUACAAGAAUGCGGCGCGUAUCCGUGCGACAUCGGCGGACCUUUAAAGGAGACCAAAGCGCGGUUUCCGCAUGAGUGGCUCGACUGGAGCGAGGUGGAGAAAAACCCGGGAUGGAAUCAGAAUCGGGGCGAGUUCGAGGCGACGGAGGCGAAGAACGUUGCGAGGGCGCGGUGGGUCAGGAAGUUCAUCCGUGAGCGGAAGGAGGAGAAUGUGGUGGUCGUUAGCCAUCACGGCUUGUUGCGCCGGAUUGUCAAGGCGCCGCACGCUCACGACCGGAAGAAGUCGCCAAUCCAAUGGGACAACGCGACCCUGCGAGAAUACAAGUUCGCCGACGAGACGGGCGCAGACGAAGAAGCCGACCUCGUCCGCGUCCCCGACCAGGUUCUAUAG